UUGAAAAAUAGUAAUCUUCAUUUUAAGGUUUCAUUCAUAAAAAUGUCAAAUAUACACUUAUUAUUCAUCUGCUUGGUGUUGACAACUCAACAUUUUGUGUUUGGAAAGGAACGAGUAUACUACAUAGCUAUUAAAGAAGAAAUCUGGGAUUAUGCACCAACUGGACUGAAUCUGGUCAACGGAGAAAAUUUAACAGAAAGCGAAGACGCAGCAGUUUUCAUCGCUGGUGGACCAAAUCGUAUCGGAAGUAAAUAUUGGAAAGCAAUCUACAGACAAUACACUGAUGACACAUAUACGAAUGAGAUACCAAAGGAUCAGACACUAGGAUUCCUAGGACCAACUAUAAUUGGAGAGGUUGGGGACCAAAUAACAAUCUAUGCCAAAAAUUAUGCCUCAAGGAAUUACAGUAUGCAUCCACAUGGAGUUCAGUACACCAAACCAAACGAAGGUGCGGUCUACAAAGAUAAUGGUGAUCCGAAAGAUCAGUACAUCACGCCUGGAAGCUCAAAGAAAAUCUCAUGGGAAAUGAAACUUUCAUACGGUCCCAGAGAACAUGAUCCAGGUUGUGUGACAUGGAUUUACCAUUCACAUGUUGAUUCAGUUCGAGAUUCGUACAGCGGUUUGGUUGGUGGAUUGUUGGUUUGUAGACCAGGGACACUCGAUGGAAACGGCAAGAGAACUGAUGUUGAUCGAGACUAUGUUUUAUCCUUCUUUGUUAUUGAUGAAAAUACGAGCUGGUAUAUCGAGAAGAACGUACAAGAAUUUUGCACCGAUCCAUCAAGUGUGGACGUCGAGGACUCAGAUUUUCAAGAGAGCAACACCAUGCAUGGCAUCAACGGUCUUAUGUAUGGUAACCUGGUUGGACUUACUGCUUGCAAAGGAGAAAACGUCGCAUGGAACAUAUUUGGACUAGGAAACGAAGUCGAUAUACAUUCCGUGCAUUUCGAAAAACAGACGGUAAUAUUGGAAGGCCAUCGUCAAGAUACAGUCAGUCUAUUCGCCGCAAUAUUUGCUUCAGUUCAAAUGAAACCUGGCAACCCUGGAUCGUCUUUAAUAGCAUGUCGAGUCAACGAUCAUUACUUAGCUGGUAUGCUGACGACUUUUUUUGUAAACGACACUUGUGCUGUUGAUGACGUCACUCCUUCAACAACGGUAACGAAACGGUUUUACAUUGGAAUCCACGAGAGAGAGUGGAAUUAUGGACCAAGUGGAAUGAACUUACUAACAGGAGAAAGUCUAACACUGGCUGGGUCCGAUUCAAAUACGUUUUUCGAACAAAACGCUGAUCGUAUUGGAGGAACGUAUAAAAAAGCUUUAUUUUCCGAUUACGACGACGUCACAUUUACGAACGAAAAGACAAAAGUAUCAACAUUCGGAAUACUCGGGCCUUUGAUUGCAGUGGAGAUUGGUGACGUCAUUGAAGUGGUAUUGAAGAAUUUUGCUACGAACAUGACGUACAACAUUGAGCCUCACGGACUUUAUUACACUGACUCAUCAGGAGUAGGACCAGGCCAGACACAUACGUAUACUUGGACAGCGCCAGACAGCGUCUCCCCGACCGAUUUGGAUCCUGAUUGCGUCACUUACUUAUAUACGUCAUCAUUUGACCCAGUUAAAGACUCAAACAGUGGAUUAGUUGGGCCUUUGCUGGUCUGUAAGAAAGGCACGUUAGCUAAUGCUUUGAAACGACCAGCAUAUUAUGUUUUGUUGACUGUGAUGGACGAGAAUCUAAGUCAUUAUCUACAAGAGAAUAUUGCCACCUACACUACCACACCGAAUCUUGAUGUCGAGAACGACGAUUUUAAAGAAUCAAAUCUUAUGCAUGGAAUCAACGGUCUUAUGUACGGAAACCUACAAAACAUAAGUUUAUGCAAAUACGAACCGACCGACUUCCAUGUGAUCGGACUCGGAACAGAAGUUGACUUACAUUCGCUGUUUGUAUCAGGAGUCAAUAUUAAUAUAAGGAAAGAAAACACUGCUGUUUCUAACGUAUUUCCUCAUGUGACGUCAUCAAUGACUGUGACGCCAUUAUACGCAGGGACAGGAGAAAUCAAAUGUUUUGUGCUUGAUCAUUUGGUUGGGGGAAUGAUAACAUCCUAUAAGGUGAAGGCUUGCGGUUUUACUUCACCAGCAACACCGAAACCAGGACGAACGUUAACUUAUUACAUCGGAGCUGUUGAGGAAAACUGGAAUUAUGCUUAUUGGAAUACUGAUCAUGUGGGUGUUCCACUGAGUGAUCCAAAUUCUGUUGGCUACACUUUUACUCAUCAACAAGACAAUGUUACAAUCGGAAGCAUAUAUAAAAAAGCAAUGUACUUUGAAUAUACGGAUGGAACCUUUUCAACACGAAAAGAGAAAACUGAAGAUAUGGGACUGCUGGGCCCGGUCAUAAGCGCCGAGGAAGGAGAUAUUAUAAAUAUCGUGUUCAAGAAUAUGGCAACAAGAAGUUAUUCCAUAGCACCAUGGGGAGCCAAGGACAUUGCUGAUGCCUUUAAUGCGAAAACAACACAGGUUGCACCUGGAGACACACAUACUUAUAAAUGGAGUGUCCCUUCGUCUGCAGUACCGGAAGCAACCCAACCUGGAUGUAGUUCAUGGUUCUAUAUGUCCAAUGUUGAUGACGUAAAAGACGUUUACUCGGGGUUAAUCGGUCCUUUGUUACUUUGCAGAAGAGGUUCGCUCGGUAUCAUUGGACAUACUAAAGGAAUCGACAAAGAUUUCUUCUUGUUAUUUUCCAUUUUUGACGAGAAUCAGAGUCAUUAUUUAGACGAAAAUAUCCAGACGUUCAUGAAAACAACUCCCUCGGCCAUCAACAAAGAGGAUGAAAAUUUUGUUGAAAGCAACCUGAUGCAUACAAUUAAUGGACGCGUCUAUCAUUUACCUGGUCUUCAGAUGAAUCAGAACGAAAACAUCUUGUGGCAUUUAAUGGGAUAUGGGAACGAGGUUGACAUCCACACAGCACAUUUUCACGCACAUGCGUUCACCCAUGUCAACGAUAUUACCACCAACGGAGACGUUUUCGAACUUUUCCCUGGAAGCAUAGGAACAGUACAAAUGCACACGACAGAACCUGGCAACUGGCUUUUGCAUUGUCACGUUGACGAUCACAUCAACGCUGGAAUGAUAACAACGUACGAUGUGAUAGCGCCCAGCUCAACACUAGAAGAAACCAUAAACCAAAGUUACGAUCAUAACAACACUACAAAAGAAAAUUCAACACAAUCAGCAGCAAAGAAAUAUGGACUUUUACAUAAAAUUUUAUCAAACCAAGUUCAAGCGGUGGGGAAUUCAUGGUUAUUGGAAUUUUGGACCGAAACCUGGAAUCGUUUGCUUCCAAUUCAAUGGCAGUGACUUGAUUAACUGCGAUGUUUAACCAGCUGUACUAACCCUUUUUCACUCACGGAUCGAUUCAAAUAGCAUUGAAUCUCGUACGUGAGAAACAGGUCCACGCGUAACACGACUUACAAUAUUAUUUUUCGGAUCAUACGAAUAUUCUUCCCCCAAACCUACUUCAUAUGAUCAUAGAAUUACUUUUAAGUGCUAGCCUUGGGGGUGAUCUUCGUAUGAUACUUCGGUGGAGGGAUCUCCAAAUAAUCCAUAUUUUUACGAACGAAAGACACGGCACAUGUUUCCAUUACUUAGUUCAUGACAUAUCAUCGGAACGGCGUAACUGUGGGCUAAACAAUGAAUUCAUACGACACUUAUUAGUAUGACUCACAAAUGAUAAGACAAAUGAUAAUUUUAGGUGAUGAAUUUUGCCGAUAUUUCAUUUAUAAGAAUUUGUCGAAUUCUUGAAAGUGCACUAUAGCGAUGAAUUUCAAAAUGCUAUAAAGAUA